AUGACCAAGAUGGAUGAGCAGAGAAUCGAGGCCACGACCGAGAAACGCCCUUCGGCGCGCCAACUCCGUCAUCAGCGCAUAACGGGCCAGAUCCACCCCCUCCUACCGACAAAGGUGUUCCGUCCCGGCGCCGCAGUGACGGACUCCUUCCUCGAGAGCAAGCACGACAGGCGGCUGAUCAGGCACUCGAGCUUCCUGUCUCGCGUGCGCUCCUCCUCCGACAAGGUCACCAAGAGCGGCGGCAGCUCUCGGCGACGACGCCGUCCCGGCAACAAGAUUGCCAGUCUCGACAGUCUGGGCGAUGCCCUGCCCGAUCUCGACGACGAGCUUGCCACCGGCUCCGGCGCCGGCGCCGGCGCUCCGGCCCACGGAAAGAUCCGUCACAAGAGUCUCAGGACCGGGAGGGGUGCGCUGAAGAAGAAGGAGAAGCUGGUGCGUGGUGAGAUGGAGAGGUUCGGCGUCAGCUGGGCUAGGCUGGCUGAUGCGCCGCCGCCUGUCACUGUCAAGGAUGAAGAGAUGGACGACGACGAUUCUCAGCAGCAGCAGCAAAAGCAGGAUGGUGAGAAGAUUGGAAUUGACACUGUUGCUCCUACACCUGCACCUGCACCUGCACCUGCACCUGCUACGGCAAAUCGAUGGGCUGCUCUGAGGGGUUUCAUCUCGGCUACCAUGGAGCAGAAUCCCGCCUUUGUCAAGAGAUAG